UCAAACCUAUUGGAUCUCUUUUUCGUAAUCUUUUUUUUAGUAGCGGGAAUUCGGCUUCUAUUGAUUGAUUGGUAAGCAAAUAAGUUUGAUAUUUAAUUUCAAUAGUGCUAGCUUGAGUUUAACUUAGUUUUUUUUUUCCUUUUAUGUAAAUGUAAAACGACAAUGGUGUUUACUUUUUUCAGUUAAAGGUUUUUUUUGGUGCCGGAUUCCCGCUAUUGAAUCAAACACAUAUACCACAAAAAAUGGAACCUUUAUGUGAUUUUUGUGAGGUGAUGAGGGCAGUGAUUUACUGCAAAUCAGAUCUGGCUCGUCUUUGCUUGCAAUGCGAUGUUUGUGUACACUCUGCUAAUCUCUUAUCACGUAGACAUGAACGGUCAUUAUUGUGCGACAAGUGCAACAGACAAGCUGCCAUCGUCCGAUGCGUGGAUGAGAAGAUGUCACUGUGCCAAAGCUGUGAUUGGAGCAGUGGUGGUAGCUGCUCCGCCACAGGGCACCACCAGCGCCAGCCGAUGUAUUCUUACACUGGUUGUCCUUCUUGGGCCGAGUUUUCCAAUAUAUUCGAGUCACUUCUCAACGGGCCUUGUUUAGAUAGUCAUGGUUGGGGUGUAGAGCCCACUAAUAAGGAUCAAACUAUCAAAUCAUCAUCAUCUUCUAUCGUUAUCCCAAAUGCAGAUUGUAUGCCUUAUUUUGAUCAAGAUCAACCAGCUUUCUUUGGUGAUGAGUCUGUUCUAUCCAAGGUACGUAAAAAGUUGUACAUGAUUCAUAAAUAUUAUGGUCAUCCCAAGCUCAAGGACGUGAAUAUUAACAUUCCUGAUGGCAACGAUUUAUUUAUAAGCCUAAACAUGGAUGCAAUGAACUUUGGAUGUAAUAAUGAAGUAUUUAACUCUUCACAAGCUUGUGUGAAUAGAUACCAGUUUGAUGGUGGAGGAAUGGAUAGUACUAUACUAAUGGAGAAAAACUUAUCAGUUACCGAAUCCAAUGGUCCUACUGAGAGUGCAAUUGAGGCAUCGUCAUCAGGGCAGCAGCAGGAUUGCAUGGCUUUUCAAGCUUCACAAGUGUGUGGUUCAACUAGUGUGAUGCAACCAAUGGAUGGUGGCUCUAAUUGCUUGCUUUUGAAUCCUACUUUCCCUUCUGGCCAAGUUCACUCUGGCAUUUCUCUAUCCAACAUUACCGGCGAAAGUAGUGCUACUGAUUAUCAAGAUUGUGGAAUGUCACCAGUUUUUCUAACUGGAGAAUCUUGGGAGUCCUCUUUAGAAGUUAGCUGCCCCCAAGCUAGAGAUAAAGCUAAGAUGAGAUAUAAUGAAAAGAAGAAAAACAGAACGUUUGGGAAACAGAUUAGGUAUGCAUCUCGGAAAGCCAGAGCUGAUACACGAAAGCGCGUUAAGGGUAGAUUUGUGAAAGCAGGAGAAGAAUAUGAUUAUGAUCCUCUAAUGACAAGUGACUUCUGAGGAGUUAGGAUCAUGAUUAAUUUCCAAAAACAAGUCUCAUCAGCAUACAAACUAGUUCUCUCUUCUAGCAAAUCUUCAUUCACACCAUUUCCUCUGUCCAGAAAUUUCAUGGUUUUUCAAGUCCAUAUGGAGAAGCAAAGACUCAUUCAUUUGA